AUGGAAAGAUUUCAAUCUUCCAUGCGCAAGCGUCUGUACAGCUUGCCACAGAACAUCGGGCAAAAACACUCCGUGAUUGACGAAGGAGACAACGGCGACAAGGACACCAAGAGGAAAAGUAUUCGGCUAAAACACUUCCCGUCUCUGUCCCCUGCGAGCAGCUGGAAGAGCAUCGAGGAGGCCAGGAGCGAAGAGCUGGACACCAACAUCAGUGUGAAGAGCAACUUGAACGGGGACUGUCGCCUGUUCAGGGGCAGCAGCAUCUCCUCCAUCACCGGCCGGCAUCCCCUCGGUGCAGACCCGGCAGAGCAGCGGCGUCUCAUCCCGGAGGCGGAUGCCGGUGUCCCGCAGAGUUUCCCUGCGGAACACGGCCCCGGGGCCCAGCCGGGGGCCACGGGUGGCCCGGGCGGCGGAACCGGGCGAUCGUCCGUGUUUGACCAGUCAGGUUUCAUCAAGCUGGAGGGCGCCGAUCAGAUCAUGGCCGAAGACGACCGGUUGUACCAAGCCGGCUUCAUGCACCGGCAGUUCGGGGCAAUGCUCCAGCCGGGAGUCAACAAGUUUUCCCUGCGGAUGCUGGGCAGCGAGAGAGCCGUGGAGCACGAGAGGGAACGGGUCAAGUCCGCCGGCUUCUGGAUAAUACACCCGUACAGUGAUUUUAGGUUCUAUUGGGAUCUGAUCAUGCUGCUGUUGAUGGUGGGCAACCUCAUUAUCAUCCCGGUGGGCAUCACCUUCUUCAAAGACGAGCACACGCCCCCCUGGAUCGUUUUUAACGUGGUCUCUGACACCUUCUUCCUCAUGGACCUUGUUCUCAACUUUCGCACGGGCAUCGUUAAGGAGGACAACACAGAGAUCAUCCUAGACCCCCAGCAGAUCAAGAUUAAGUACCUGAAGAGCUGGUUUGUGGUGGAUUUCAUCUCCUCCAUCCCCGUGGACUACAUCUUUCUCAUUGUGGAGACACGCAUUGACUCAGACUUUUACAAAACGGCUCGGGCCCUGAGGAUUGUCCGCUUCACAAAGAUCCUCAGUCUGCUGCGGCUUCUGCGCCUGUCUAGACUGAUCCGCUACAUCCACCAGUGGGAAGAGGUUUUUCAUAUGACCUAUGACCUGGCUAGUGCCAUGGUGCGCAUCAUGAAUCUAAUUGGUAUGAUGUUGCUGCUAUGUCACUGGGACGGCUGCCUGCAGUUCCUGGUUCCCAUGCUGCAGGACUUUCCUGCUGAUUGCUGGGUUACCAGAAAUAAGAUGGUGAAUGACACGUGGGGACAGCAGUACUCUUAUGCCUUGUUUAAGGCUAUGAGUCACAUGCUGUGCAUUGGGUAUGGACUAUACCCGCCCAUAGGCAUGGCGGAUGUCUGGCUCACCAUUCUCAGCAUGAUUGUGGGCGCCACCUGCUUUGCCAUGUUUGUCGGGCAUGCAACCGCACUCAUUCAAUCCUUGGACUCCUCCAGAAGGCAGUACCAAGAGAAGUACAAACAGGUGGAGCAGUACAUGUCCUUCCACAAGCUUCCCGCUGGUAUGCGCCAGAGAAUUCAUGACUACUAUGAACAUCGUUAUCAGGGCAAGAUGUUUGAUGAGGAAAGCAUCCUGGAGGAGCUGAAUGAACCGCUACGAGAGGAAAUCAUCAACUUCAAUUGUCGUAAGUUGGUGGCCUCCAUGCCUCUGUUUGCCAAUGCUGACCCCAACUUUGUGACCUCCAUGCUGACCAAGCUGCACUUCGAAGUCUUCCAACCUGGCGAUUAUAUCAUCAGGGAGGGCACCAUUGGCAAGAAGAUGUACUUCAUCCAGCAUGGGGUUGUCAGUGUCUUGACCAAGAGUAGCAAAGAUACCAAGCUGUCUGAUGGCUCAUACUUUGGAGAGAUUUGCCUGCUCACUCGAGGCAGAAGAACAGCCAGCGUGAGAGCUGAUAACUAUUGCCGCCUGUAUUCUCUUUCUGUGGACAACUUCAACGAGGUGCUGGAAGAGUACCCCAUGAUGAGGAGGGCUUUUGAGACUGUGGCCCUUGACCGCCUCGAUCGCAUUGGCAAGAGAAAUUCUGUACUUCAACAUAAAGUUCAGCAUCAUCAAAGUUCAGGCACACUCAACGUCCAGGAGAACGAGAUCAUCCAGAGAAUAGUGCAACAUGACCGUGACAUGGCUCAGUGCACCCAGCUGAUUCAGACCGCUGCUGCCCAGACCCUGAGCCCUACCCCGGCUUCUCCCUCACCCACCCCUAUUAUCUGGGCACCACUGGUCCAGGCUCCCCUCCAGGCAGCUGCUGCUACCACCCCACUUGCACUGGCCCUGGCCCACCAUUCUCAGCUGCCUCCUAUCCUGUUCCACCACCCUCUGGCUGCAAGUUCUGGCUCCUUCAGGGACCCGUCUGGCCACCCAAAAAGACUCCAUGUUGGAGCUAAUACAGCCAGUGGCUGUGGUUCAGGACCCUGCUCUCCUGCUAGUUCCACCAAACAUCACUCUGGGUUUGACACCCCUAUACUGGCCUCUCUCAGGGCCCACCAUCUCUCCACUGCCCCUAUGUCCCCCACACUCUCCUCCAAGCCCACCUUUACCAGUUGCUUGCAGUCUGUGACACCUCUCCCUCAGCUGACUCAACACCCUCCUCCACAGUCCAGCAUCAGCAUGUCCUCACCCUUCCCUGUUAGCCAGGCAUCCUUCUCCUCUACCUGCACUGCUCAGCUCCACACCCAGCCACUCCGAGGUGCUUCAGCCACCUCACCCUACCCAGCAGAUUCCCACCAGCAGGGGUUAUCAGGAAGGCUAGCAGGGAGAUUCCCAGCCCCUUUACCUUCUACCAUAAGCCCUCUGAUUUCUAGCUCAGUCAGCCCCAUACUAAGCCAACUGCAACAAUCCUUUCAAGCCAGCGCUCAGCAGAUGGGGUCUAGUCAUGAUAGAGUAGGCAGGACAUCCAGUAAUCUGAGCCUUCCCCAUUUUCCAUUUAUGACUAGCACCCAGUCCUCUAGUGGAUAUGUGCCAGAUCAGCCAGUAGUUGGAGCUGGAUUCAGGGCCUCAUCCUCCCAGGUACAGCAUCAUAUGGCUGGUCACCAGUCUGUCUUCCUGCCUCAGAUUGUCCCUGAGAACUCUGCCCUCGCCUCCCUGGCCCAGUAUGGAUCUGGAGAAGGCUCCCCCUGCUACACACCUCCAGUCCCAAGUCCCAGCAUCCAGAGCCCUGUGAGGGGAAGGACUGUGCAACAUAGCACAAUAGGCACUCACAGCUCCCUGACCCUUCAAACCUCAUGCCCAGCUAGAGUGACCUGUACCCCCCAAGAGAGGGUUGAAUCCUCUCUGGAUAUAUUCACACAGCAAAUAAAGACCAUCUCAGGCUCUCACAGCUCUAUACCCCUGGAGGGGCCUGUAACCUUGAGUUGCCCCUCAGAAGGCCAGGAGGGGUCAUUCAGCCCCUUCUUUGCCUCCAUGACUGUCAGUAAACCAUACAGCCCUAUCCCAGGCCAACCCUCCCCACUGGCUCACACACAUUCAGGGUUUGAACCUCAGAACCAGCCCACAGGUGUCCAGUUGCCUCACCCAAGAUCCCCAUCUAAGAUGCUAGAGACAGAACAUAAACAGUCCAAACUCCCCUCCAACUUGUGA